GUAAACAGACAGGCGGCUAAAACGGCAGAAGGAAAAGCAGUGAGGCAGUGAAGCGCUGGAAAAGCAGGAAAAAGCAGCAGCAGCAGCCGUGCAACCGAGGGCCAAGCAGCAACACAACAGUGGCUGGCAGGCGAAUUCCCACGCUGCUGCUCAGUCAGUCAGUUGAACUUUGACCACUGCGGUAACGGGUUCGGUGCGGUGUAGUGCAGUUUUUGGUGCGGUCAACGCGGCGUAUGCGCAACGUCCACGCAACGUGAGCGUUUUUUUGCGGAACAAACAAUGAUGAAUUCCAAAUGUACUGGCAUAUGGCAGCAACGUGCCCCCAGCUAAAAUGUGACUAAAGGAUUAAAAGCGAGCAAGUCGGACAAAAGACGAAACAAAAAAAUAAAGCAAUGCAAAAAAGCGCCUAAUUAAAAUAUGGAAAGUUAAUUGCAAAUUGCGCUUAGCAAUGUGGUCACAUCAUAUGGGCAUAAAUCAACGCAGAAAAUGCAUUUAAUUACACUUAACAUAACUAAAAAAAACAUCAAAUAACCCAAUACUUGUGUGAGCUUAAAAAAAGAUAAAAAACAACAACAAUUAGAGUAGUAGAAAAACGUUUUAAUCAAUGCAAUGCCAUCCAAUUGAAAUGCAAGUGGAGUGACAAAUGAAAUCAAAUUAAAGCGCUGACAAAUUGAAUCUCAAAUGCAAAACAAUUGACAGCAACAACAACAACAAAAAAAAAAAAAUAAGUGCAACAUCCACAGCAACACACACAGCAACAAAAUGCCGGCAUCAAGUGGAUUAUAUCGCAUCAAACACGGCCGUGUCCUUGACAGGCUGCAAAAACCAGCGGCACUCAUUUUUAUCACAGCAUACAUUGCGGCAUGCGGCAUUUGCGAACACACAGCAUCCGCAUUGCCGGGAGGUGGACAAACAGAAGCCACCAGCACGAUGAUGAUGACGACGCCGGCUAGUGUGCCAUCAGUGAGGCAUAUAAAUCAAAAUUUAAUUAUGUCACAGUCGAAGGAGGGCGAACCGGUGCCGGUGCCACAGCCGUAUGCCCAAAGUGCCGCAUCCGCCGGAGGCAGCAGCAUCACCAGCUUCGACUCGACCAAUGUGAUCGAUGGCCAAAGCCAAAGCCAUAGCCAACGCCAAAGCGAAAGCCAGCCGACGCCCACACACCUCCGGCAGGAUGCGGUGCUCCAAACGCACUCCCACUCCCGGAUCCAGGCCAAAGAUACGGCCGGACCAUAUCCCAUUCCAGUGCACCGGCCGGAGCCGGUGGAGAACCAUCUGGAGGCCAGCAAUGGCAUCGAGGGCGGCAUGGAGAGCCUCUUCGGCACGCCCAUGUACUUCGGCACCGAGAACUCGACGGUGGUCACCACCCAGAUCGGGGCCACCGCCCACGUUCCCUGCACCGUGCACCACAUCGGCGAGGGGGUGGUAUCGUGGAUACGCAAAAAGGAUUAUCAUCUGCUUACGGUCGGCUUAACAACGUACAGCAGCGAUGAGCGGUUCAGUGCCACGCACUUGAAGCAUUCCGAGGACUGGACACUGCAAAUCAAAUUCGUGCAGUUACGUGACGCCGGCGUCUACGAGUGCCAGGUGUCCACCCAUCCGCCCACCUCGAUUUUCCUGCACCUGAGUGUCGUCGAAGCCCGCGCCGAGAUCACGGGUCCACCGAUUCGAUAUCUGACUCCGGGCUCGACGCUGCGCCUGCAGUGCCGCGUGGUGCAGAACACGGAGGCCUCGGAGUAUAUAUUCUGGUAUCACGACAACCGCAUGAUUAACUACGACAUCGAUCGGGGCAUUAACGUGUCAACGGAGCCGGACUUUCAAUCUUCUGAGCUCACCAUUCAGCGGACACGACGUGAGCACUCGGGCAACUUCACCUGCGUCGCCAGCAACACGCAACCAGCCAGCGUUCUGGUGCACAUCUUCAAGGGCGACAAUCCGGCAGCCAUGUAUCACGGACAUGUGGGCGGCUCCACGAAGACAAUGCAGUCCCAGCUGCAUAUGAUUAUGAUAAUCAUUGCCAGCGGCUAUCGGAUAUUCCACACGAGUGUAUAUAUGAAGAUCGUGUAGAUGGAUGUGUGGAUGGCCUAAAACCAAGCAGCUCCAGGCUGCUGCUACCUUGUGGCGAGCAUAUGUAACUAUGUCAUCAGCCGACGGCGAAGACGAGCUCACUGGCUAUCCCCCAUACUCGCAGUUAGCCCCGUGGAAAACCCAAUCUAAAACUAAUUACUUCUCCACUACAUACAUACAUACAUACAUACGUACUACCAUACAUACACCUAACGCCUAGGCCAAAACUAUCAGACAAGCAAAACCAGAACUUAGGAACUCUAUCUCUAUCUCUACAUAGCAGGUGUGCAUGUAUAGUAACAAAAAAGAAAACUCUCUCCUUUUAUAUGUAUGCGUGUAUGUGUGUGUUUCGUUAAUGUGUAAGUGUCUUACUUAGCCACAGGAUGCAGCUUAUGCCGCACAUGUAUUAUAUAAAUGUUAACUUUGCAGACUACUAACCUCUAACAAAAUUGACGAGGGUGAGAGCCGACAUAUAUAUUAUAUAUAGUUCAUGUCACUUCAAGGAUCUCGAAAAUAAUAAACAAAAAGGCGUAAGUUUUCGGGUCCUGGCAGUACUAACGAGCUCAAUAUUAAGAACUGACGUGCAUUUCCAAUCUAGAAUUCAUAUUUUUACAAGUCCCAGUCUACGAUUAAGAACUUAGUUUCAGCCACAAGCACUCAAUCAUUCGGCUCUGAUUUAUGCUGCAUUGUACAGACAAAAACUCUUAACUGAUUAACAUGGAUUUAGCUAAUGGAAUUUGGUUUUACACGAGUAAAUGCUCUUCGAAUAGAAAAAAAACUUUCAGAGUUAAGCUGUAAAUAAAUUAUUUGUUAAACUAAAUUACAUAAAUAACUAUUACGUGUAAGAAUGGCAAACAGUUAUUUGCAGAGCGUGCAAACAAAUUUUGAGUGUGGCAGAGCAUAAAGUUGAUAAGUAUUGCAAAGUUUCGAAAGAAAGUUGUUAAUCAAAAGGUUAAAAUCCAAAAAACCAAAAAAAACACGCAGAGAACCGAGUAAUCAAAA